UUCCUGGUGGUAGGUAUGUGUGUUGAAUGUUUGGUGCGUUCUGUGUAAAGACUAACAGAGAACCUGUCUUUGUUUUUAGUGUGGAAAGUGCUGCCUAAUUCGGAAACAAAAAGAAAAUGUUUUCAAAUGGCAACAAAUAAGGAUAGACAGCAGAAUUUGAAACAUAUUAGGAAGAACAUCAAAUUGUUUUCAUCUUCACUUAAAGGACGUAUCGUGGUGAGCUGAAUUGCGAACAUCUUCCACAAGAAUGGAGGUGAUCCCAACCGUAGCAGUUCUUCUUCUUCUACACAGCUCAUCACGGACUGCAUAUUCACAGCUGGAUAGACAACAGUGUUCCAGACAAGAUUACGAUCUUUGUGUAAAAAUGGCUGAUCCAUUACUGAAGGAUCCACACCUUAUUUUUCCAGACAACAGGGCUGACAUUGACCUUGUUUGCAGACGAUGGAGUCAAUUUGUGGACUGUGUGAAGAGGUACACAGAUCGCUGCUUUACUGAGACUCGGAGGCGGGAAUUCAACAAAGCUGUUGAGAGUCCUGUGGAUUCUGUUCAUCAGAUGUGCACUGUUACAAAAUACCAGACAGAAUAUCUGAAGCAUGCAACAUGCAUAAAAUCAACUCUGACAAGAGAGGAACAUUGUGGCAGGCACUAUCAACAUCUUGUGGAUCAAGUGUCUGGUGAGGCCAACCGGGUCAGUCUCUGUUGCUCACACCUUCGCUUCCGUGAGUGCGUACUGGAGGAAACAAAGCGUCUAUGUGACCCAGGAACAAAUGGAGGUUCUGCCACACAUUUCUCAAGACAGAUGCUAGAUAAAGCUCUCAGCUUCCUUCGUGAUCAGUGCUAUAAUUAUAUUGGAUUAUGCCAUCCACCUAUAUGCCCAACAACAGGAGAAUGUCCUGGAUUAUCAGUUCUCACAAAUCCCUAUAAUGGACAUGAUGAAAACAUCAGUAACAGAAAUAAUAUGCCUGAUCAACAACACAGAUCUAGUAACCACCAGCCCCAUUCACCAGAAGUUACUAGUCAUUCAUGGCAGCCACAAGGAACAGGGGCAGACAGAAGAGGGACAAAUUCUCCAGUAACAGAGGGUGCAGCUCCGUGGAUGCCAAAUGGAGGUUCAGCCGUGCAUAAGCCAUCUUCUGAGGACAACUGGACUCCUAGUGAAGAUACCAGCAGCAUCAGCAGCAAUACUCCACCAUAUGACUCUAUUCAACCAAACAAUGGCCACAGUAAGCCAUCAUGGCUACCUGGGCAGUCAUCAGAUCCAAGCAUCAGUCGCAACAUUCACACUUCAUCAGACACAAUACCGCCUGCUCUCCCAACACCAGCAUAUCCUACAAUGGGCCAGGUUCCUAAUAACAGACCAUCAAGUUUUGGACGAGGCAUUACAUGGACACCUUCAACAAACGUGCAGACAUCCAAUUCUGAUUUUGGAGGCAAUACAUGGCAUGUUACUUCCAAUGGUGCAGUAUCAAAUCCUCAACACCCCACAGAACCUUGGUACCCAGCUAUCAGUAAUUAUGGUGGUAAUGCUGUAGACGAACCAAAUCAACAAGGACUGUCCAACAAUAACGCAACACCAAGAAUGGUGAUCAUCAGUGACAUGGUGUUGAUGAUUGCAACAGUGGUGAUAUUUGUGUUGAUGUAGGGCUACCAAAAUAAUGAUACCAUAUCAGUGAUUGAUGGUAAGUUUAAUUUGCUGUAGCCAGCAUAUUGUAUCUUCAAAAACUGUACGGAAGGCUGUGUUAAUUUCCACAGAAUCAACAUCACUUCUUGGUUGAUUAAAUACAUAUUUUAUUUGGUAUAAUUUCGCUUUCCAUCCUGUCUUAGAAAAAUAGGGGAGAUUAUAUGGACUGCUAUCAAAAACUGAGGAAGAAUCCCAAAACUGAACAAGUACUGCAAUUCAGAUCCAUUAGCAUGUGCAGAGCUGAUACUGUGCAACAUCCAGAAGAAUAAGAAAGUUUCAAAGGAACUGAGUUAAUGUUUUCAUGCCCAUUCAAUAAAUUGAUGAGUUACAUUGAUUUGUGUUUUAUAUUGGAUACUUAGAUUUCUUUGUUUGUUAAAUAAAGGAAGAUCAAAGAAGAUAAGGCAGCAAACUGUACAGUGUGCAGUCCAGAUUUCUCUAGAAAUACUUGCACAUAUUGUUAAUAAGAAAGCAUUGGACUUUAACUAAACUACUGAGCAGAUCACAAAUGAUAUGACUACUUUUAAUUGCUAUUAUAUAUUGGAGAAGGUCAAAUGUGUUUCACCGUGUUUCCAAAAAUCAGAAUGCAGAACGUGGUAUUUAAUUUAAAAAGAAAAAGCAAAACUGAAAUAUUCGUUUUCUGAUACAUUUCAAAUACAGAUUUUUUCAGUGAUUAAAUGCACAUAUUAAAGUAAUAUUUCAUUGUUCUUUAAUCUUAAUUAUGUGACUUUUUAAAUGACCCAAGUGGAGAUGGUAGCCAGUUUUUAAUUCAAGACAUUAAUUUAAAUCACUGACACUCAGUAUUAACAAAAGUUGUGAUGCCAUUGAAACUCUUUGUGAUGAAACAUGCAACAGAAAGCAACUUAUAACCCUUUAAAGCACUGAUUUCACCCAAAUAUAUAUAUUUUUUAAUUUAGUUCCUAUCUCUUGGAAAACAUACUGCACCUCCAGUACAAAGACCAAUCAGUUUAUGGUGGCUGGGAAAAUAAUGAUAUAUUAUUCUAAGAAUUGUGUGAAACAAAUUACACCAUUCUCUAGUUAGAUGCUGAAUAUUUUAUGUUAACAGGUGGUACAUAUACAAGUAUUAAUCACUGUGCUUUAAGAGUUUCAAGAAAUUGCAGGUAAACAAUCCUGUCUGUCUGAGUGUAGCAGAUUUGGAAAUACUUUCAGAUGCAAUUGUAGUUUGAAAGACACUAAGCAUUCAAAGGAUUAUGAAUUGCUUUCCAAAAAAUAGAAACAAAAAUGUCUUUCCAGCAGCCUGUUCUUGUUAUCACUGUUGUUGUUGCUGCUGCUGUUGCUUUUUGGUUUCUUUCACAAGACUUUCUUAGUUGCUGUUCUGUGUCAAAUUGAUUUCUUCACCUUCAGCCAGAGACAGUUCAACCUCUAAAAAUGUGUACAUUAAUUUUGACUCCAACAAUGGACAGUAUCCAAAGGCAGUACUCCCAUGCUAGUACUAAAACAUUAUCACAAACCUUUAUAAUUGCAGUAAUAAUGACGUCUCACUGUUGAAUAUUAUUUAGUGCACCUCUUAAUGGGCAAAAGUGUGGUGACUCCAUUAGAUUGGCAGAGCAUCACUACCCCCCCCCCCCAAAAAAAAUGAAA